CCUUUUUCACCGAUUUUUUUAGGAUUUUGGGCGAGGCAAUGCCGCCCUCAUGGCUUUGGCCAGCACGGACUCGACGCCGGGCAAACGCAUCCGCAAACCCUCCCUGCUCUACGAGGGCUUCGAGAGCCCCACCAUGGCCUCGGUGCCGGCGCUGGCGGCUCCCCAGGUGAAUCCUCCUCCCCCCGAGGUGUCGAACCCCAAGAAGCCGGGCCGGGUCACCAACCAGCUGCAGUACCUGCACAAGGUGGUGAUGAAGGCGCUCUGGAAGCACCAGUUCGCUUGGCCCUUCCGCCAGCCCGUGGAUGCCGUUAAGCUCGGCUUACCGGAUUAUCACAAGAUCAUCAAGCAGCCCAUGGACAUGGGCACCAUCAAGAGGAGGCUGGAGAACAAUUAUUACUGGGGGGCAGCAGAGUGCAUGCAGGACUUCAACACCAUGUUCACCAACUGCUACAUCUACAACAAGCCCACGGAUGACAUCGUGCUGAUGGCGCAGACGCUGGAGAAGCUCUUCCUGCAGAAGGUGGCUCAGAUGCCCCCGGAGGAGCAGGAGCUGCUGCUGCCCCUGGCCAAGAACAGCCACAAGAAAGGGGCAGCCAGGGCUGCAGCUCUCCUGGCCGGUCUGAGCAGCGCAGCCCAGCAGGUCCCGGCAGUCUCCUCGCUCUCCUCGCAGCCUUCCUCGGCUUUCUCCUCCUCCUCCUCCUCCUCCUCCUCCUCCUCCUCGUCCUCGGGGGCGGCGGGCGAUGUCCCGGCCGGCCUGGUGGGGGCGCUGCCGCAGCCCUCGGUGAUCGCGGCGCCGCUGCUCAAGGCCCUGCAGCACCCCGGCGUCCCCCCCGGUAACCAUGGCAACCACGGCGGUAACCACGGCAACCACGGCGGUAACCACGGCAACCACGGCGGUAACCACGGCAACGUCCUGGCGGCGCCCACGCCCACCCAGCCCGUGGCGAAGAAAAAGGGCGUGAAGCGGAAAGCCGACACCACCACCCCCACCACCACGGCCAUCAUCGCCACCAGCGGCGGCGAAUCCUCCCCGUCGGCCGCCGACAGCGCCAAAGCCGCCAAGAUCCCGGCGCGGCGCGAGAGCGGCCGACCCAUCAAACCCCCCAGGAAGGACCUGCCCGACUCCCAGCAGCACCAAACCUCCAAGAAAGGGAAACUUUCCGAGCAGCUGAAAUAUUGCAACGGCAUCCUGAAGGAGCUGCUGUCCAAAAAACACGCCGCCUACGCCUGGCCCUUCUACAAACCCGUCGACGCCUCGGCGUUGGGGCUGCACGAUUACCACGAGAUCAUCAAGCAUCCCAUGGAUCUCAGCACCAUCAAGCGGAAGAUGGAGAACCGCGAGUACCGCGACGCGCAGGAGUUCGCCGCCGACGUGCGGUUGAUGUUCUCCAACUGCUACAAGUACAACCCGCCCGACCACGACGUGGUGGCCAUGGCCAGGAAGCUCCAGGACGUGUUCGAGUUCAGCUACGCCAAGAUGCCGGACGAGCCGCAGGAGUCGGGCGCGGCCUCGGCCUCGGCGCCGCUGGCGCUGCCCAAAUCCUCGUCCGAGGAAUCGUCCAGCGAGGAGGAGGAGGAGGAGGAGGAAGAGGAGGAGGAGGAGGACGAGGAGAGCUCCACGGAAACGUCCUCGGAGAGCGACGAGAGCUCCGACUCCGAGGAGGAGAGGGCCAACAGGCUGGCCGAGCUGCAGGAGCAGCUGCGGGCGGUGCACGAGCAGCUGGCGGCGCUGUCGCAGGGCCCCGUGGCCAAGCCCAAGAGGAAGAGGGAGAAGAGGAAGAAGAAGAAGUCGGAGAAGCACAAAGGGAGAGCGGGGCCCGACGAGGAGUCCCGGGCACGGCAGGCUCAGCUCAGGAGGGCUCGGAAAAACGGGGCUGGAACCGGGUCCAGGCCUUCCAAGAAGAGCUCGAAGCCGGCCCUCCCCCUGGCGCCUUCCUCGCUGGUGGACUCGGAGGAAGAGGAGGAGUCGAAGCCCAUGAGCUACGAUGAGAAGAGGCAGCUGAGCCUGGACAUCAACAAACUGCCCGGGGAGAAGCUGGGCAGGGUGGUUCACAUCAUCCAGUCCCGCGAGCCCUCGCUCAGGGACUCCAACCCCGAGGAGAUCGAGAUCGACUUCGAGACCCUCAAAGCCUCCACGCUCAGGGAGCUCGAGAGAUACGUGCUCUCCUGCCUGAGGAAGAAACCCAGGAAGCCCUACAGUGAAACCCUGAAGAAGCCGGUGGGGAAGACGAAAGAGGAGCUGGCCCUGGAGAAGAAACGGGAGCUGGAGAAGCGGCUGCAGGACGUCAGCGGGCAGCUCAACUCGGCCAAAAAACCCCCAAAAAAGGCCAACGAGAAGGCGGAGGCGGCGGCGGGAAUGUUGGGAUUGGGAAUUCUGGGAUUGUUGGGAAUUUUGGGUGGGGUCGGACACGAAAUUCUGGGAACACAAAUCCCCAAAAAAAGAUCAAAAUUUGGAAUUUUUGGGAAUAAUUUGACUGAAAAAAUCCCCGGAAAAUGGGUGGAAAAAUGGGGAAAGUUUGGGAAUUUUGGGGAAUUUUGGGAUUGGGAAUUUUUGGAUGAAAGCCCCAAAAAUGGUUCAAAAUUUGGAAUUUUUGGGAAUUAUUUGACCCAAAAAAUCCCCAAAAAAUGGGUGGAAAAAUGGGAAUUUUGGGGAAUUUUGGGGUUGGGAAUUUUAGGAAUUUGGAGAGGUUAAAAUAUAUAAUUUUGG